GGAGGAGGAGGAGGAGGAAGAGGAGGACGAGGGUGCCGGUGGCGGUGCCGCCGGAGGGAGGGAGGAAGGAGGGAGCACGCCGCCGCCGGGACUUGGCCGGGGCGGCCUGUGACAUCACGCGCUGGAGCUGCUGCAGAAGGACACGGAAAAUGGCUGCGGCAAGAAUGUUUUUUUGGGAACUUUUCAUAAAUCUUAAGGAUGAUAAACAGAGAAGAGAGAAGGAAUGAAGAGAGAAGGUUAAAACAAAAUUGUUGGCUCUCAGCUGAGAUUUGACCUCAGAAGGAGAAUCCAGGAGGUGAAGCUAUUUCAGAGAAGAGGAAGUAAAACAAGGAAAUAGUUUAGAGGGAGGCAUCUGGAGCAGUCCUUACUCAGACAAAGUUCACAUUGACUCCAGUGGGAGAAGAGGGUGAGAAAACACUGCAGGACUUCUCUUCCAGCAGUGUCUGUGUGACAAGAAAACCACUUAACAAUGAAAAAAUUCACACUGUUUGAUUUUGUAAAUGAUAAUUCACUGCAAAUUGGAGAGACUUCAUGGAUACAGGACCUUCCCAGUGAUGACAAAGAACUAGAAAGACUGCUGAAACCAAAUGAGCACGUGCUAGUAAACUGGCCUGUGGGCGAAAGAAAGACAGAAAAGCACCUGGUGAAAGUUGUGUAUAUGAGCGAUGACCCCCAAGAGCUGGUGGAAAUGAUGCAAAAGAUAUUACAAGCAGAUGAAAUUACAAAAAUACAAGUCCUUGGAAAAGGCAAGAGGAAGAGGAUAGAAAUGAUAUUCUCAGAAAGUGAGGACAGUGACCUGGAUAAAGAGCAGGAGAAGAUUAUGAAGCAUAUAAAAAGAAAGAAAUCACUGCAGGCAUCUGCUCCUGCCAAUAUCCUGAGUCGACUUGAAACAUCUUUAAUUAACAAACAGCGAGAACAAUAUUCAGGAAGCAACUUUCUGUACAGUGAAAGUAGCAGUGAUGAUGAAGAGCCUUUAUUUCAACUAUCCAAGGUAGAACUGUGUGCCAAAAUAAAAAGUCUCAAGAGGAAGCUGGCAGACACCAUGAGAGAAAACUGCCGUCUAAGGCAGUCCCUGGUGAUGCUUCAAGUGUUGCCGCAGGCAGUCACACAUUUUGAGGAGCUGGUAGGGAUGGCUGAAGCGCUGCUCAAAGGAGGGGUGACAUCAUCUACGUCCAGUCUGCCUUCCCAUGCUGUUUGGAAAGCAGCUGCCAACCCAUUAGCAGAUUCGUAUUCAGCUGUGCACAGUAACGCCAGCUCACCGGUGACUUUGAAUGUGGACGACGAGGAGCAACAGGCCGAAAAACAGUUCAAGAUCGAAAAGUGGCAGAUUGCACUUUGUAACAAGAGCAAACCUCAAAAGUUUAUAAAUGAUUUGAUGCAAGCACUUUAUACACAUGAAUACAUGGCUACACACAGCCUCACAGGUGCAAAGUCGUCCUCUUCAAAGGAUAAAGCAGCGAAACCAGCAAUGAAUCAGAAUGAAGUUCAGGAAAUCAUAGGAAUCACAAAACAGCUGUUUCCAAACACAGAUGAUGCUUUAAUUAGGCGAAUGAUGGGACAAAAACUGAACAAUUGCACCAAGAAGCCAAUUUUAAGCAAAGAUCUUAACUCAGGUGCUUUUCAGAAGCAUAGCUUUUGUAGUUCAACAGCUGCUCCUCAGGGCAUCAUCUCUUCUGCUGUUCCUCCCAGCACACAAGACCAGCAGGAUGAUGAUUCACCAGCUGCUAUUGCACAAAUUCAGCAAAGUGACAGCCGUCCGACUCCUCCAGCCCCCAGCACACCAGGUCAGCAGGAGCACUUCAAACCCACCUCCAAGGUGGAGUCUCACCUCGGCAGCAGCUCACCAGCGCCCUCUCCCAACCAGGAUCUCAGGAAUUUAGACAAAGAAUAACCAGGUAUUUCAUACCACUUCAAAUUCUCAACAGAGAUUAAGGAGUAGUAAAAAAUAAAAAAUAAAUAAUACCUAAAUGGGUCUAGCAACGGUGAACAGAGCUACUGCAAGCAGAAUACAAGCCUGAGAAUCAUUUUCUCAAGCAAUUGAAAAUCCCACAGCAUAGAAAAAGAUGAAGGCAUAUUAGUAUCUUUGGCUUUAAGAUAUUAUUAAAUAUAUGCAUGUUACAUGAUUAAUCAAAAAAAUAUAAACUUGUUCUGAAGAAUAUAGGAGUUCCCCUUAGAUAGAAAAAAAACAUUAUUUAAAGUAAUACCAAAAGAACGUGUAAGAGGAAUCUUAAUCCCCUUGCUUUCACCUUGACAGCUGGUAGAAAACUGCUUUACCAAUCAGAGAAAGUUAUUGCAUAUUAAUACAAAAAAGAUACAGAGGUAUGAAAAGAGAAUAGAAAAAUUUCCUAGUGAAAUAAAGACUAUGACCAGCACAGGGUUAGAAAGCACAGAAAGCCACAGGAGCAGAGAAGAAAUAAAACAGGUAUUUAAGGAUGUUGUUAACCUGGGAAACAGAAAACAUUCUUAGAGCAAUGAAACUGCCACUCUGAAGAUGUCUGCAAGAAAGAAGCAGCUCAUUUUUAACCUCCGAAAGUUGGAAAGGCACUGAAAGAAGCCAUGUUCCCCCUUAGCUCAGGGAAGGGUCUUCCCUGAUAGCCUGUUUGGUUGUGGGGGCCAUGGCUUUCUCCCAUAGGUCUGCUGCUGCUGGUACCCGGCUGGGUUGGCAGCUCUCACCCUCUCUUCUUCCCUGAACAUCAGGUCCAUAGGACUAGCCCAGUAUUUCUGCAAACCUAACUGUACUAGAACAAUGCACUAAUAAAAUGCACUGUGGAGAACACUUCUGUGUGGGCAGGGGUAUGAACUAAGUGAUCUGCAAGUCUUUUUCAUGUCUCAUUCCUUGUAGAUUGGAUCAGGAGAAAAGCAGGUAUGCAAUACGACUUAAGUUCUAUCUCAUGUUAUUAACUAACAUCCAUAAAAUGUAACAGAGGGAUGUUUGCUAUUAUAUAUAUUUUGUAUAUGUACCUAUAUGUACAGCAUAUAAGAAUGUAUAUAGUUAACCAUAUUUUUGAAGCAACUUUCUAUCAAAUAAAAUGAAACAUUACUAUGUCUUA